AUGGACGAUCAGAAGCAACUCCAGCCGUGUUUAGAUGAGGCUGAAUUAGCACCUACGACCCCAGAAACCGUGGCUGACGGGGAGGAGAUUUCGCCGCCUCAAGAAAGUCCACAGCAAACCCAUGAGUGCACAACCAUCCGCAUUCCUCAUCUUGAACUGGAGAACCUCGAAGCCGCCUGUUCUGACAAGAGCGGCAAGAAGAUCGAUCCACGCAAGUGCCAUCUUCUUCAUCAACUCAUGGACCUGCUCGUCAAGCUGAAGCAGAACGCAAGAGAGGACAGCUGUGAUGCCGACGAGGCAGCACCUUGCUGUGAUGACCGGCCUGAAUCCAUGGCUCUAAAGCAGCGACUUUCAAAUCCAUGUCAAUCCACCAGAGGUGGAUGUGGACAGCCGACCUCCCAGUGCAACUGUAAGUCUGUUACUUGUACUUGCGCUUCAGCUGCCGAGCCAGUGAAACCGGCUAUCAAGGAGGACAAGGAACCCUCGAUCCACGAAGCCGAGGCAUCAACGAUCGAGCAAACGCCACCAGAUCACGACGCAGAGUUAGAUCGACCUGAAGCCUACGAAUCAUCCCUGGCUAGACUGGGUCGGUGUGAAAGCUGUCCGACUAUGCAACGUGCAGAGUCCUCGUGCGCAGAAGACAAGGGUCCUUGCAAACAUGCUGGAGGCUGCGCCGACAGAAGAUGUAGACACAUGAACCCGAUGUCGCUCGGUUGUGGCAGGCCCAGUUCCACCAUGAACUGUCGCAAUGCCACCAUACAGACAGACGUCAAUGGACUCGACUCGAAGGAAGACCAUUCGAUCAGCUGCGGCGUCAAUACGCCAGUGCGGUUGUCCAAGAAACGACUGAGUGCAGCAACCUACCCGCCGAAGCGAUCAUCUCGACGAAGCAGCGACUCCGCAAAGGUCAGGAGUUCCGGUUCCAAGAAAUCGAAGUUUCCGUCAACGCAUUCGCGAUGUUCCAAACGACUACGAGGAUCGAGUCAUCAUACCUCCGCGCCUUCCCGAGAACCGUCUACGAGGAAGUCAAGUUUGCAACAGUCGAGUCCGCAGCAUCAAGCUAGCCUGUCGACAAGUUCGCUGGCCGAAUCAGUGUCCGACGAGGCGUCUAAGAAAACCGACGAAAUAGUGAGGUCAUGUCUGAAGCAGGAUAGACCGUGCCGACAGUCGUCGCUGGAUCCAGCAGAUCUGGCUUCUCCACUGCCACCUCGAAACAGCUUCCAGCACUCCAGCAGGGCAUCCAAUGAGUCUCUACAGUCCAGCAUCUCCGUGCAUGCCGCCUCGUCCAAGUUGCCCGAGCUUGUGUCCCAAGCCUCGUGCGGACCCGUAUCCGUGUGUCCGGUCUUUCAAAUCACCUCCAUGUUUACAACAGUGUACUUCAAUAUCGCGUUGCGUCCGACGCGAGUGCGAUGUGAUACGCUUUCCCAAGCGCAACUCCGUCGACGAGUGCUCUAUUUCAACGCAGAAGAUGGGCACCCCGAGAUGCGAGCGACCGUGUUCACCGUGCUACACUCCACGAACUUGCCCCAGUCCAUCGCACUGUUCAGCACGACCAAUGACUCCCUACCGUCCAACAUCCCCAGCAGCCAUCAGUUCGUGUGGACCGUGUCAGCGAAGAAUGUCCUGUUGCACGCCUCCGGUUCAAAUUCGAAGACCCUCUUCCUCAUGCUCCUCCAGCUUUCCAAAGCCACAGAGAUCCAUGUCAAUGUGCUGUCCUCAGAUGCCGCCGUGUUUCAAGCCGCCUUGCUCGGGGUGUCCCGGAGUUCCACGGACUUCUUGUUCAUCGACCCCCAAACCGAUAAAGGCUUGCCCUGGUUUUCCUUACUGCCCUCGAAAACCGCCGUGUCCACCGUUUUGUGA